UAACUCUGGAAGCCAAAGAGAAAACAAGGGCGACAACUGUGAAUCUACCCUUAAGAAGAAACGGUGUUUUGAUUCUCACUUCGGACCACCGAUAAUAUCUAAUCGUGUUUUUAGUUCAAACUAAUUUUUUUAAAUUUACCAUGUCUUGUACAUCGAAGAUAAUAUUUAGCACAAUGUUGCGCUUUUCAGCGACUAACCUCUCUCGCAGGGCAUCCGUAAUACCUCGGAUGUAUUCAGAUUCAGCUUCCGACAAGGGUUGUGUUGGUUUUGUUGGUCUUGGCAAUAUGGGAGCACAUAUGGCUCGUAACCUUAUAAAGAAGGGACAUUCUCUUGUGGUAUUUGAUCUCUCAGAAUCGGCCUGUAAUUCUUUGAAGGAAGCUGGUGCCAAAAUAGCCAGCAGCCCUGCAGCAGUGGCCGAAUCAUCACAGAAAAUUGUCACAAUGUUACCCAGCAGCCCUCAUGUGAAAGCUGUGUAUUGCGGACCUGGUGGGAUUUACAGUAAAUUUCAAAAAGGAACUUUGUUAAUGGACAGCAGCACCAUUGACCCAGCUGUGUCUCAGGAGAUGGCUGAAAAAGCAGAAGAGUUGGGUGGAGUGAUGGUCGACUCCCCAGUCUCUGGAGGUAUUCUUGCUGCCAGGGACGCUCUCCUAACAUUUAUGGUUGGUGGAACUGAAAGUGGUUUUGCCGAGUCAAAAAAAAUACUUGACCUCAUGGGAAAGAAUGUUAUCCAUUGUGGUCCCAGUGGCACUGGACAGGCUGCCAAAAUCUGUAACAAUAUGCUGUUGGCUAUUUCCAUGAUUGGAACAUCGGAGGCCAUGAAUUUAGGGAUCAAACUUGGAUUGGAUGCAAAAAUGCUGGCUAGCAUCUUGAACGUGAGUUCUGGCCGCUGUUGGUCAAGUGAGAUGUACAACCCUGUACCAGGGGUUAAAGAAGGUGUCCCUUCCAGCAAUAACUAUAAAGGCGGGUUUGGAACAGCAUUAAUGCUUAAGGAUCUUGGUCUGGCACAGAAUGCUGCUGGCGCAACUCAAUCCCCGACACCACUUGGUGGAAUGGCCUUAAAUUUGUACAGAAUUAUGUGUAACAACGGCUUUUCUGAAAUGGAUUUUUCAUCUGUCUACAAGUUCCUGCAAAAAAGGGAAUCCAGCUAAGUACACCAUUACCAAUAGUGUCAGAAACAGCAACAGCACCAUCAAGAAUAGCAAAACUACCCCUGCCCCCUAAUACCACCAGACUGACACCGUCAACAACACUACUACCAGCUACACCAACAACACCAACAGCUCAGUUGUCAGGAAUAGCAGCACCCAUCCUCACCACCAACACCUCCACUACCAAUUAUAUCAUUGCCACUACCUACAACACUAACUCCACCAUCACCACUAUCAACACCGCCACCAAUAUGAUGAGGAAGCCUCUUUGUGGUUGUUCCAACAGCUAGAAAUAGCAAUCAAAUCUCCACACAUUGUCUGAAAUAAAGAUACAGCAAUCAUGACAGGAAUUCUUUUGGUCAUAUCUCCUACGUCAGGUCUGACCUACCUCUUUACUACUACUACUACAACAGCA